AUGAAGACCUUUGCCGGAACUGGUACUAUUGACUCUAAGCGGCUCCCGAAUGAGCAAUUCUGUAUUACUCGUCAGAAGGGAACUGAAAGAGCUUUCACUGGAUCAUCUACUAAGUUCAAUAGUGGAACUGGGUGGCCAUCCUGUUACCAACCUAUAGGGAACAAUGUGAAAUCAAAGUUGGAUUUGUCAAUUAUUUUCAUGCCUCGCCAGGAGGUUCUUUGUGUUGUUUAUGAUGCGCACCUUGGACAUGUGUUUGACGAUGGUCCUCCCCACAGGAAAACGUUACUGUAUCAACUGUGCUGCUCUUAA